AGCGUAUUGUCCAAAAUAAAAAGCAACUAAAUUUCAAUUUCAAAGUCAAAUCAAACCAAAUCCCAAAAAUCCCAAAAAAAAAUGUCCCGAACACUUCUCUUUUUUCUCCUAACUUCAUCUCUUCUGAUCCCUUCAUACACUCAAACUCUCCAACACCCAGAUGAACAAUCCUUCAUUUCAAUGUUAAUUUCACAAAAAGGUCUCGACUUUAUCAAGAAUUUGCUCAUAACCAAAGCAAUCUCCAUGAUAAUCCCUCUCAAAUUGUCCAAGAUUGAAAAAAUAGCUAAAAUUCCAUUUGUGGGCCAUGUUGAUAUGAUUGUGUCAAACAUUAGUAUAUAUGAAAUUGAUGUUUUAUCAUCUUAUGUUAAGCCUGGAGAUUCUGGGAUUUCUAUUGUGGCUUCUGGGACUACUUGUAAUCUGAGUAUGAGUUGGUAUUAUCAGUAUAGUACUUGGCUUUUGCCUGUUCAGAUUUUUGAUCAAGGGACAGCUUCUGUUCAGGUUGAAGGCAUGCAAGUGGGGCUUACAUUAGGCUUGGAGAAUCAGAAUGGAACUUUGAAGUUGUCCCUUAAGGACUGUGGUUGUUAUGUUAAAGAUAUCUCCAUAAAAUUAGACGGAGGAGCGUCUUGGCUUUAUCAAGGGAUGAUUGAUGCAUUUGAGGAGCAAAUAGGUGCUGCAGUUGAAAGUGCCAUCACCAAGAAACUUAAAGAAGGGAUUAUAAAGCUCGAUUCACUUUUGCAAGCGCUUCCCAAAGAAAUUCCAAUCGACGAUAAUGCUUCUCUAAAUGUAACAUUUGUCAAUGACCCUUCAUUAAGUAAUUCUUCCAUUGGGUUUGACAUCAACGGGUUGUUCACAUCGAAAGAAAAUAUUUCAGUGCCAGUGAUUAACUACAAAAAUUUACAACCUUCUGUUUUCUGUACUGAUCCAUCUAAAAUGCUUGGAUUAUCAUUAGAUGAGGCUGUUCUUAAUUCUGCUUCAGCCUUGUAUUAUGAUGCAAAAUUUAUGCAAUGGACUGUGGAUAAAAUACCGGAUCGGAAUAUUUUGAACACUGCAGGAUGGCGAUUUAUUAUUCCUCAGCUGUACAGGAAAUAUCCAAAUGCUGACAUGAACUUGAACAUAUCUUUAUCUUCUCCUCCAGUCAUCAGAAUUUCAGAAAGCAAUAUUGAUGCAACUGUUUAUGCGGACUUGAUAAUUGACGUUUUGGAAGUGAACCAAGUAAUACCAGUUGCUUGCAUUUCAUUGGAUAUCCGUGGUUCAGGUUCUGUUAAAAUCUCUGGGAAUAAACUCGGUGGCAGCCUGAAGUUAAAUGAUUUUUCAAUGUCUUUGAAGUGGAGCAAUAUUGGAAAUCUCCGGUUGUAUCUUGUUCAGCCGGUGAUUUGGACUCUUGUACAAACAGUUUUCUUGCCGUAUGCAAACACGCACCUCGAACAAGGAUUCCCAUUGCCCAUCAUUCGUGGUUUCACCCUUCAAAAUGCUGAAAUAGUGUUAUCGAGUUCAACGAUCGCGAUUUGCAGUGAUCUGGAAUUCACAGACUCGGAUGCAGUUAAUCAGCUCCUCCAUGUAAUUUGAAUUGUGAUAUUAUGUUGUUGAGGAUCCAGUUAGCAGAAAUUAGAGUUCCAAUACUGUUUUAUAUGUAAAGUUUGAACAAGCUCAACCAGUUCAGUAGAUAAAUGUACAAAUUACAAAAUGUAAAUUGAAAAAUCAUACCAGAUAGGUAUUCUCUUCA